UUUAAUAUUUGGUCACUUAAUUAACUGUUCAACACAACGUGAUUUGUCAAAAUAAAGCCUUAUCCAUAAUGAAAAAAAUUAGAUAUUCGACAUUUAAUGUCGUGUUUAAAGGUUAACCUUUAAACACGACACGAAGCUAUCACUAUUGGCGAUUUUGAGCGGAUUUAUAAAAUUAUACUCUUACUAGGAAGACUGGGAGUACGAACUAAGCUAAUAUCAUCCAGUUGACACAACAAAAUUUGAAAAUGGCAUGUUAUGAGAAUUCUUUUACGAUGGAUAUUGGUCUUCUGGCAGAAGUCUCAAGAGAACUAAAAGAUAGAAUUUGUGCUGACACCUUUCGAAAACUCCAGAAGAAAACGGACAGAGAAUUAUUUCAUGUGAACAGUGAAGUAGAUAGAGUUCUGAGGAAUGAAUCAUAUAUAAAGUCAAGACUCUAUCCGUUGAUAGACGUUCUUCAAGAAAACCGUGGGAGGAGUAUGAAAAUAAAAAGCAUUCUGUGGAAUCAAAAAGAAUUUUUACCUGCCAGCCGGAAAAUGAACAAGUACUUGGAUAAAUGUCGACUGAAGAAGUCAGUUGGAACGAAACAUGUCAAUGAGAAAUGUUUGCUGAGAGAAAGUGAAGCAGCUGAACAUCUUGCGAAUCACUUCAGUUCUCCUAUUGGACGCGAUUAUAUUCACAUUGAUACCAAUAAGAGCUAUCCUAUGAAUACAAUGAUACAAUCAGCUCCCCCCAGAAUGACCUCUGAUAAACUUUUAACAGCGAAACUUAUAACUGAUCGAAAUUUAAAUACCUUGAGGAGUUUUAAAUCCAAUACGAGUGAAAUGUUUUUAAGUGAGAACAGGCAGUCUAAUUACGAACGUGUUAUCGAAAAAGCCAGAGUACAUGCACAUUUCACAACACAAUGGCGUCCAGAACCUGAUCCUUUGAGUUGGAAGAAAAUACAGUUUACAAAUAUAGACAGUGAAGUCAGAAGCAGAAGUAGAAAUCGAUUUUGUGGAGCAUUUAAUGCAACUUCCUUCCAAUUGAUUUAUGCACAUUGAAUUAAAUUUGAAUAAAACACUUUAUGAA